AGUACAUUAUAACAAAAUUAGUAAAGAGCAUGCAGAUCAGCUGUUAUUAUUAAACAGAUUGAACAAUUAACUUGAAUUCCAUAUUUUCCUCUUUAUCGGAUUGUAUAAGUGGAAUAUUAAGUUCGAAACUGAAGAUAAACUAAAACAUAAUGACUUGGCUAAUAUAUUUGAACUUGCUGUGGUGAUUAUGACGGGAAUUACAUUAGGGGACAAUUAGUGUAUGAGUUUUAUAGAGCUAAUUUAGUGUACAUAUUACAAGAAAAGUAGAUUUUUAGGGAGAUUUGACUCUUACUAAAAGUUGGAUGAGAAUAAACAGAUCAACUCUACCUAGGAAGACUUAACUGUACCUACUGUGGUUUAGUGAAAGUUUAUUCCGAGAUUUUACUCUUCUCAUAUAACUGCGCGCGCAUAUUUUUGUUUUGUUUAUGUUUAUUCCAGCUCUAGUUGUUUACUGUCUUUACCGUUGUCUUCCCGUUCACGUGUCUAUUUGAUGCUAUUAACAACAGCGACCAAGGAUUCAAUGUAACCUGUAUUUUAGUUACUGAAAAGAUGAAGACGUUAUUAUUAUUUUUGGCAGUAUUUAUUGGUCUAACGGCGAUUUAUGCGAAUCCUUUGACGACUCCUACACCACCGACGUUUCAAACUAAUUGUGGUUAUAACUCGUGUCAUCCAAUAAAAGAUGGCGAUUUUAUCAAUGUCCAUAUUGUUCCUCAUACACAUGAUGAUGUCGGUUGGCUGAAGACGGUGGAUCAGUACUAUUAUGGCAGUAAAAACACCAUUCAAAACGCAGGAGUUCAAUAUAUUUUGGAUUCGGUUAUGGAUUCAUUAAGAAAAGAUGAAAACAGAAGGUUUAUCUAUGUGGAAACUGCUUUCUUCUGGAAAUGGUGGAUAAAACAACAUGAUAUCGUCAAAGCACGAGUAAGACGAUUUGUUAAUAAUGGACAAUUAGAAUUUAUAAGUGGAGGUUGGAGUAUGAAUGAUGAAGCUACGACUCAUUAUCAGUCAAUUAUAGAUCAAAUGACUUGGGGAUUACGAAAGUUGAACGAUUCUUUUGGAGAAUGUGGUAGACCAAAAAUGGGCUGGCAGAUCGAUCCGUUUGGUCAUAGCAGAGAAAUGGCUUCAAUUUUUGCACAAUUGGGAUUUGACGGUUUAUUAUUUGGACGAAUUGAUUAUCAAGACAAAACUCAAAGACUAUCGACAAGAACACCUGAGAUGGUAUGGAGAGGAAGUCAAAAUUUAGGAUCAAAAUCGGAUCUGUUCACUGGAGUUAUGUUCAAUGUAUAUUCUCCGCCCAGAGGAUUUUGUUUUGAUCUAUUAUGUUCAGAUGAACCCAUCAUAGAUGACAAAAAAAGUCCUGACUACAACGUUGAUAAAAGAGUUACCGAGUUCUUCGAAGUGAUCGAUAAUAUUACCAAAGUUUAUGAUACUAACAAUAUUAUUAUUACUAUGGGUGAAGACUUUAACUAUCAAGACGCCCAUACUUGGUUCAAAAAUAUUGAUAAGUUGAUUGCUUAUGCUAACGCUAGACAAGCUAACGGCUCAAAAUAUAAUUUACUCUAUUCCACACCUUCUUGUUAUAUAAAAGCUAUAUAUGAUCAAACCCAUGGAAAGAAAAAAUGGUUCCAAAAACAAGACGACUUCUUCCCUUACGCAUCCGAUCCUCACGCUUUCUGGACUGGUUACUUCACUUCAAGGCCAACAAUUAAAAGAUUUGAACGAGAAGGAAAUAACUUUUUACAAGUAUGCAAACAACUGUAUACUUUAGCUGACUUAGAUCCUAUCGACAAAGUAGAUCUUAAUGUCCUUCGUGAAGCGAUGGGAGUGAUGCAACAUCACGACGCUAUAACAGGUACUGAAAAACAACAUGUCGCUAAUGAUUAUACUAGAAUUUUAUCAAAUGGUUUCCAAGAGUGCGAAUGGAUAACUAAAACGGCUCUAAGUAAAUUAGUCGUUCAGAAAACCAAAAACCAUGUGCGUGAUGGACCAAUACCUGCAACCCGAUUUACGACUUGUCCAUUAGUUAAUAUGAGUCAAUGCGCUUUUACGGAAACAAACAAUGAUUUCGUUGUAACAAUAUACAAUCCUUUGAGCAGAAUCGUUGAUAAAUUUAUCAGAGUACCAAUUACUGGUAAUAAAUAUUCAGUAAAGGACCCAGAAGGUACAGAAAUAGUAACUCAAAUAGUUCCAGUUUCCCAAGGGGUUCUCACAAUACCUGGUAGAAAGAGCCGGGCUCAAAACGAAUUAGUAUUCCAGGCAGCAGACAUACCACCUCUUGGUUUUAAGUCAUAUUUCGUACAAUCAAUUGAAAGCAACGAUAUACCAAAAUAUCAAUCCGUUGAAAAUGAUACAACAGAAGGAGCUGAAUUCGACAUUGAUCCUCAAACAGGUUUAAUCACUCAAAUAACCACCAACGGUCUGACGAUAGAUUUUGCUCAAGAAUUCCUCUAUUACAAAGGAUUUGUAGGAAACAAUUCGAUAUUUAGCAAUAGAUCAUCAGGUGCCUACAUUUUUAGACCUUACGGUGACACAUUUAAGGUAGCUAAUAAAGCCGAAUUCCAAGUGCAUAAAGGUCCGAUUGUAUCUGAGGUUCAUCAGAAAUUCAGCGAUUGGAUAAGUCAAAUUAUUAGAGUAUACGAAGGACAAAACUAUAUUGAAUUCGAUUGGCUAAUUGGACCUAUACCAAUUGAUGAUUCGCAUGGUAAAGAGAUAAUUACAAGAUAUAAAACUUCAAUAAAAUCGAAUUCGACUUUCUACACUGAUUCCAAUGGUCGUGAAACCAUAAUGAGGAUAAGGAACUUCAGACCAACAUGGAAUUUAAGAUUAAAAGAAAACGUAUCUGGAAAUUAUUAUCCUGUAACGACAAAAAUAGCAAUUAAGGAUGAAAAUGUACAAUUAGCAAUACUAACUGAUAGAGCAGAAGGAGGUAGCAGUUUGAAAGAUGGGGAAAUUGAGCUAAUGAUUCAUAGAAAUUGUUUACACGAUGAUGCUUUUGGUGUUGGUGAAGCUUUGAAUGAAACUGCAUUUGGUAAGGGUUUAGUUGCCAGAGGUACUCACUAUGUUACUUUGGGAAGUGUUCGCGAAAAUAAAGACGGUAAAACAGCCUCAGCUCAAGAAAGAAAAUUAAUUCAAAAGAAAUUAUUAUCAGCGUGGACAUUUGUCUCUGAUACGGAGAAUUUAUCUUUCGAACAAUAUAAAACCAAAUAUAUCAUGGAGUAUGCUGGAUUGAAACGAAGUUUGCCAGAUAACGUUCAAAUUUUGACUCUAGAACCAUGGAAAGCAGACACAUUUUUAUUAAGGCUAGAGCACGUGAUAGAAAUUCACGAAGAUGCUAAAUUGUCCUUACCAGUAACAGUUGAUUUGAAAGACUUAUUUGCACCAUUCGAAAUAUCAAACCUGCAGGAAACAACUCUGGGUGGUAAUCAAUGGUUAUCAGAAAAUCACCGACUUCAGUUUAAUGUUGGUUCAACUCUUGAAGAUUUGUGGGCAGAUGAAAAAAUUUCCGAAUACCAAAAAUGGGCGCAAAAUAAAUGGAAAGCAAAUUUGAAGGAGCGCGUUAUAGCAGAAGCAAAAGAUCUGUCAGACGAUGUUGAUAAUUUGAAAAUUCUUCUUAAUCCUAUGCAGAUUCGUACAUUUAUUUUAAAUAUUAAAAAAUGAUUUUGAUGAAUGAAAUAUAUUUUUUCUCGUA